AUGUCGCGAUUCUUCAAAGGCACCGGCAGCGACAGCGACUCCUCCGAGUCCGAGGACGAGGUCCUCUCCGAAGAGGAGGAGGAGAGAUCCGAAGCAGAGGAAGAAUCUAGCGAGGAGGACUCGGAUGUUGAGGAGGACGAGGACGAGUCUGAGGAUGAGGAGGCCGGUGGGAAGACCGGUGCUAGUGCGUUCUUGAAGGAUGUUUCAGAGAGCGAGGAGAGUGAGGAUGAGGAGAAGGUUACUGUUGUUAAGAGCGCGAAGGAUAAGAGGUUGGAGGAGUUGGAAAAUACGGUGCGGUUGAUUGAGAAUGCUGAGAAGAUUGGGGAUUGGGCUGUUAUUUCGGCUGAAUUCGAUAAGUUGAACCGCCAGAUCGUCAAGAUCACACAGGCUGGCCCGACCCCCAAGAUUUACAUCAAGACUGUUGCCGACCUCGAGGAUUUCGUCACCGAGACUAUCGCCAAGCAGAAGACCUCCGCUAAGAAGAUGAACCAGAGCAACUCCAAGGGCUUCAACGCCGUUAAGCAGCGUAUCAAGAAGAACAACAAGGAAUACGCCACCCUGGUCGACAAGUACCGUGCCGCCAAGGAUGACUUUAUGGAGAGCGACGAGGAGGAGGCUGCCCCCCAGAAGCCCGCUGCCGCCCCCGUUGCUGCCCCCAAGCCCUCGAAGGUCGAGCGUGUUCAGGCCCCCGCUGCCGCCGUUGAGGAGGACGACGGUUUUGCUACUGUUGGUCGCGGUGGUAAGACUCUGCAGUACACUCCUGAGAGUAUCCUCAAGCACCUCCGUGUGAUCCUCGAGUCCCGCGGAAAGAAGAACACCGACCGUCUGGAGCAAAUCAAGACUAUGGAGAAGCUUCUAGAGGUUGCUCAGACUUCUUACCAGCGCAUCCGUGUGUAUCUGACCCUCAUCUCCACCCGUUUCGACCUUUCCUCGUCCUCGGCCGCCAACUACAUGAGCCCCGACCAGUGGAAGCUUGCUGAUAAGGAACUUUCGGCUCUCUUGGGUGUUCUGGAGCAGAACCGCAACUUUGUUGUUGCUGAGGGUGCUGAGGAGUGGGAUGACGAUGACAGACAGCCCCAGCCUGCCGAGGGCGAGAUUUUCUACAUCCCCGGCAGCAUCGUGUCGUACAUCGAGAGACUGGACGACGAACUCACCCGGUCACUGCAGCAGAUCGACCCCCACACUGCUGAGUACAUUGAGCGGUUGAGCGAUGAGCAGCAGCUGUACAGUAACCUUGUCCGCGCCCAGAUCUACGUCGAGGGCAUCAGCAAGUCCGACAAGAGCGACCCUCGACAGGACAGCGUCAACAGAAUCGUCAUGAGACGGUUGGAGCACGUCUACUUCAAGCCUUCUCAGGUUGUUGCUAUCCUCGAGGAGAGCGCUUGGAAGGCUCUUCCUGAGACCUUGAUGUCUGCCACUACUCCUCGCGAGAAGGCCAGCGAUGUGAACAACCUCGUCCAGGCCCUCUGCAACUACCUCUUCGUCAACAGCGACGGCAUCAUCAAGGCACGUGCCAUGCUUUGCCAGAUCUACUUCCUUGCCCUCCACGACCAAUACUACCGGUCUCGCGACUUGAUGCUCAUGUCCCAUUUGACUGAGAGCAUUGCCAACUUCGACGUCAGCACCCAGAUCCUCUUCAACCGCACGCUCGUCCAGAUCGGUCUGUGCGCGUUCCGUGCCGGUCUCAUCUACGAAGCCCAGAACACCCUCUCCGAGGUCUGCGGCAGCGGACGUCAAAAGGAGCUGCUCGCCCAGGGCAUCAUCCUCCAGCGGUACUCGACCGUCUCGCCCGAGCAGGAGCGUCUCGAGCGCCAGCGCCAGCUGCCCUUCCACAUGCACAUCAACCUGGAGCUUCUGGAGUGCAUUUACCUCACCUCGAGCAUGUUCCUGGAAGUUCCCCUGAUGGCGCAGACGUCGUCCUCGCCUGAGAUGAAGCGCCGCGUCAUUUCCAAGACCUUCCGCCGCAUGCUUGACUACAACGAGCGCCAGGUCUUCACCGGCCCCGCCGAAAACACCCGCGACGGUGUCAUCAUGUCUGCCAAGUUCCUCGCUGCCGGCGACUGGCAAAAGGCCGCCAACAUGCUCAACUCCAUCAAGAUCUGGGACCUCAUGCCGCAGCCCGACAAGAUCAAGGCCAUGCUCUCCUCGCAGAUCCAGGAGGAAGGCCUGCGCACCUACCUCUUCACCUACGCCCCCUUCUACGACAGCGUCUCUCUCACCACGCUCUCCUCCAUGUUCGACCUCCCCGCCAAGAAGAUCGCCGCUGUCAUCAGCCGCAUGAUCUCGCACGAGGAACUCGCCGCCGCCCUCGACCAGGUCAAUGACGCCGUCGUCUUCCGCAAGGGCGUCGAGCUCUCCCGCCUGCAAUCCCAGAUCGUCACCCUCGCCGACAAAUCCAUGAACCUCCUCGAGGCCAACGAGAAGACCCUCGAACAGCGCACCCAAGGCAUGGCCAACGCCUUCCAGCGCGAUCAGGGCGCCGGCGCCCGUGGUGGCCGUGGCGGCCGUGGUGGCGGCCAGGCUCGAGGUGGUGGGCCCAGAAUACCUGGCGGGCAGCAGGGCCGUCGGCCUGGUGGUCAGCAAUUCGGGGGUGGUGCAUUGGGAGGAGCGAUCAAGGCUUAA